GAAAAGCGAUGGAAAGGGGAGCGAUCCACCACCACCAACACCACCGCCGCAGGCUGUUUCGCGACGACCGCGUCAAGAUAUAUGGAAGUCAACACUUGUGCCAUUAAUUCAGCGAGUGGCGCCAUGCAAGUACUUUUAAGAAAGCUUAUGAUCUUCUUUUUUGGUCUUUCUUGUCUACUUCUGGGUCUUUUUAUCGAUGCAUAUUCAUAUUCUGGAUAUGAUAGACAACUACUUUAUUUGUUGUUACAAGGAUAGGCUCCAUCAUGGUGUACUUAAAUAUUGACGAGUGUUCUCAGUGUCUCUCUGUUGUGAUAGAUCACCGUGAUAAAAAACGCACACAGGUGGAUUGAUGGGUCCGGUCGCGGUUGUUGGUUCGAGGGCAGGUGUCAUUAUGCGCACAACGUCACGGAAAUGGAUCAGCAUAACCCUUGGAAAGCCGAGCUCUGUCGAUGUGUGGAGCAUUAUGCUGAUGCUGAUGCUGAUGCUCAAGGAGGCGCUCAAGCUUUCCUGACUCCAAAGCAGAUGGCAUGCAAAUUUAGUCAUGGCUACGGCGAAUUGCGUCAAUUCGGUGAAUCACUUUUGGCGAGCUACCUUCUCUCUUCUUUUUCUUCUCCGCAAGUGCUGGCGCCCAUCAUCACGCCCCUGUAUCAUGUCUAUAAGCAGCAACCUGCUGGACGUGAAGUGGAUGCUGUUGUACUAGUAGAGAAUAACGCAAGAUAUCUGGCUGAGCGUGUGACAGCGAGGAUUUUGCAAGAGCGAUUUGGCAGUGGUGGCGAACGACAACUUUCGCGUUGGCGGGAAGGGGUUCCCACAGAUAGAGAGCGGCAUCUCUACCUUGAAGGGGAGCCGAUUUCCGACGAGGAGCUCAGUCAGCUUUUUUCGCUUAUGCUCGAUGGGAGUACAGCGGAAGAAACGAGCCAAAAUUGGUCUCAGACUCUGGACAACUUUCUGGAGAGCAUCACGACAGAUGCAAAGUGUUCGGCAUCAUCUUCAUCAGGAGACCAGCAGGAUUCGGAAGCUUUUGAAGCUACUGAAGCAGCUUUUCCUAAUAUGGAGCUGUUUAAAGGGCAGUUUCGUCAGCAAUUGGAGGCAUUCAAAAAGUGCCCGCAGUUGCUAUUCAAGUUCGUCGACGAGAAAAAGCAACCACUUCGGGCAACCGGCUACAUCCAAGGUCCUAAUGUUGCGGCAGCUAGUUCUUCGCGUGGGCAUCAUGGUGCUGGCACUUCUUCAUAUGGGCUGCAUCAGGCUGCAGCUUCGCCUACUGGUGAUGACCAGCUGCAUCCUAUCGCUAACUUACCUACUACAAGAGAAGAGGGAAACCUUUGGGCAGCCCAACAAGAAGUCCAGGGUCUAGAAGCAACUGCAACGGAAGCAAUGCAAUGGCAACAAGGGAUGUACGGAACUCCAAGUGGAGGGAUGGAGCAACCUUUUGAUGGCAAUUACUUCUACUACAGCAACUACUACUACGCUGGUCCUCCGGCUACUACACUUCAUGUUCCCGGAUUCGGAUCCGGGUUCGGUAUCUCCCAACAAGCAUGCCAGUCUCCAUCUGUUCUGUGGACCUACGGAGACGCAGCUUCGUCAGAUGAACAGCAGAUGACUAUUAUGACCCCGUUCCUCCAACAGAGACCAGAAGCAAAUGCGCAACAAGCAAAUGCUCAACAAGCAAUUGUCCAAGAACAAGCAAAUGCUCAGCAGCAGACACAACAGUUAAUGGAACAAGAGCCACAGGAGGAGAAGGUAGUAGAGCAACUAGAAGUAGAACCCCAACCCUUCUUGCAAGAGACUGAAGAUGAACGUCUUAAAAGAUUGAAGACGGGUGACGUCGAAGACGAACACAAAUUGUGGGAGUGGUGGCAAAUACAAGAGCAUCUGAACAUGAGUCAAGGACCUCCACAGGAGAAGAUGAUAGAAGUAGACCAAGAACUACAACCCUUGCAAGACACUGCAGACGAACGUCUUGCAAGGUUGAAAAAUGACGCAGACGAUGACGAUGAGUGGAAGCAAAUGCAGGCGAACAUGAUUGGCCAAGCUGCGCAAACGCGCCAACACCUACCUCAAUCUGCACAUUUGUAUCAACAACAGCAGCCCCCACAGAUGCAAUACCUGCAACCGGUGCGCGCUGUUCCGUCAUGUAUGAUGACCCAGGGGAGAACCGUGUUGACGCCCAUCUUUGCACAAUUGGUGCCUGCGGAACAGAUGCAGCAGCCGAUCGGCCAGGGGCGUGUACGAAAAGCGGAGGCGGUCACUAAUCAUGCAGCACGAGUGGAACUAGAAAAUAAGAAAGUCUUCCCUCAUUCUCAUGAUUGGCGCAGUAACGAACCAAGAUGGAGAGAAGAGCGUGGAAAUCGGGAAACGCCAUUAGCAAAAACGGAACAACAGGACGUCCCGCCACCCCCAGAACCAGUAGAAGUACGUGAGCGCAAGCACUCUGUCCCGCAUGUUUUGAGAGAGGAGCAUGAAGACGGCGGGCUGGUGCCACUACUUCCAACGCAUCGCUUGUCUUACUUCCACAAAAUCGUGCCGUGCAAGUACAUGCUUUCUCCUGGUACCGGGUUCGGCUGUAAACAUCAAUUUCAUCCAGAGGACUGCGCUCAUGCCCACACGCCAGAAGAAAUGGAUGUCGGCAAUCUAUUCAAAACUAGAGCUUGCCAGUCUGCAAUGUGUGAGCAGCUUGCGGGAGGACCAGAUGAAGCUGUAUUAAGCCACCAGCAGAUGAAGUGCAGCCAUUAUCACAAGGCACUUGAUCAACGUUUUUGUGGUGAUCGUCUGCUUGCGCAUUGGCUUCGCUGCGUCGCUACUUGUCCGGACUACAUCGAGGAACUGCUGAUGACGAGCAGUGAUUCGAUGCAUCAGAACGGUGAUUACAAGGAUCGCCGCGUAG